UCAAGAAGGUUCCAGCUGAUGACUCAUACUCCUUGAAGGACUCCAGAUUUAGUUAUACUUUAGGUUGUUUUAAGAUGCAUCGAGCCUACCAGCCAAUUCUGCCAUGUGGCAAUAAAUACCUUCAGCAGAAGUGGGACAAAGCUACUUAUGAAGAGCAUAAGAAAAAGAUCCUGAGAGCCAAGCCUGUGGUAGAUACUUCUGCUCCUCCAACAUAUGGACAUCUUCACUUGAAAUUAAGAAAACUUAAGCUUGAUAAGGACCAUUUGUCUACAAUAGAACGAGAUAACCAUUUGUUAUUAAAGAAGAUAUCUUACAUCAUGAAGACUGAAGGAAGAGUAGAUAAUAAAAAUGAAUAUAAAAGUAAAAGUUUAAACAGAGAAAAACGAGAGCAAGAAUUUUUCAGAAUAAACCAAGAAAAUUGUGCCAUUCUGGAAAGAAUUUCAAAGUGUAAAUCUUGCUACAGUAUGCAGAAAUGGAGUGAAGAUUGGCGAAAAAAUAAAAACUACAUGAGUAGUAUUACAAGAUAUCCUCAAAGCUUGUGUGAGUUGCAGGUUCAAAAGGGACAACAUAAGAAAAUGUAUAAAAAAAGACUGAAAGAUAACAAAUUGAAAGUUGAACAUCUGACAGAUAAGCAAGAACAAGGAGUAGAACUAAUCCACCAAGAUAAAGAACUGAGUGAAGAUCAUCAAGGAGAAAAUCCAAUAGAAAAGGCUUAAUUUCAAUUCUUACAUUUGUAGUUCAGACAAUGGACAUUACAUGCUUGAGUUCUUGAUGUAUGGAAACAAUUACUGGGAAAUUAGUAUAGUUAUAGACAUUAGAUAUGUCUCAAAGGUGAAUAAUGUUCACACCAGGUAUUAAGUAUGAACUUAUUAUCAAACUAAUUAGGCUGGCCAUCCUAAGCCACUUUGAAAACUAAAUUUCAUUUACAUUCAUGAUAAUUAACUUACAAGAGCACUACUUAAGGCUGAAUAUUAUGUAUGUGAUAGCCAGAACCUUCUUUUCUAAAACAAAUGUCACAGUGUUAAUGAAAAACUAGAACAGAAUAGAUGGGAUGGAUGGAUGCAUGGAUGGACAGAUAUUUAAGGCUAAUAAUAGAAAUCUCUUGUGUGAAUUAUACACUUGGUAUUCUAAUAUUUUAAUUAAGCAAUAGCUCCUUAAUAAAACAAUUUUGAUGCUAUGUAAUAUUUUUUUCAGAUCUUCUAGUGGCUUUUCUUUAAAAAUAUUCUGAAUUAUACUGUCAGAGCUAUGGGAUUCAGAAAUGUGCCAUUUUCUGUGCUACUGGCAAUGCAAUCCAAUGCUUUACUUGUGUGAAAUAUGAAUUUUAAAAAAACCUAAACUCAUGAUGACUUCACAGAUAUCGUACAUCUAUGUAGUUUUCUUGAUAACAAUAUAGAAUUUUAACUUAUAGCCCUGGAAUUUUUAGAGGGUUUUUUAUUUAAAUAUUAACUUCACCUUUUCAAUAUUGUCACCGUCAUCUAGCUGGGUUCAGAUGAUUAAAUACAUAUUGUAUUCAAUUAAACAUACUGUAUAUACAGUAUUUAUAUUUUUUGUUUUUUUCUGGUUAAAUAAAAUGAAUGCAGAUUUAAUUACAAA